AUGUCCACACCCCCAACCUUCCACCACUUCCUCUGGACCGGCCUAGUCUGGAGCCGCCUAGAAAACAACACAAGCUGGGACCCCUGCUCAAUCUGCAGAGAAGAAACCUCAAGCACCGAACGGCUCUCCGUGCGAAUAAUCCAAUGCGGCCACGCCUUCCACGAAGAAUGCAUCUGGCCCUGGUUCACCGGCACCUCGCAGAGCCGGGACACCUGCCCGAACUGUCGAUUCCAGCUUUUCCUCGCCGCUCCUUUAGCUGUGGGACCGCAAGGGAGUAUCGUUAAUCCUCAAACUCAAUCAAGUCUCGACGACGAUAGCGAGGACUCGGACGUAUAUUCUAGACACGAUGACAGCUCUGACAUGGACACGGAUGAUGCGGAGACGGACCCAUCCUCCUGCGAUUCGGAUGCACAUGAUCUGACCCUAUCAGAACUAGAGGACAACGACUGGGAGAUCAAUUCUGAUCCCGAGGUCCUCGCACAGCGCCUGAAGAUUGCGGUGAUAGAAGAGAUUAUCCGGGCGGUUCGGAUCAAUACACCGCGUCGAGUGUGGGCUCAGGUGGUCAAGGAGGUAGUUGAACGACAUCCGAAUGACCUGACGGUCGUCGAGGUCCGGCAGCUUGAGGUUACAAUGGCGGAGAAAGUGUAUCCCGCUGUUCGUGAGAUGAGCCCGAGCAUCUUUGAGGUGUAUUCUGAGCAGGAGGUUGCGCGGGAGAUUCGGGCUCGACGGGGAAGUGCAGAGGUUGAAGAGGCAGUUGGUGAAUGGUGA